UCUCAACAUGUGUAACAGUUCUUUGGAAAUGAUUUAUUUUUUUAUUUAAUUUCAAUAUUUAGAAACAAAGACAUUUUUGCUGAAUAUUUACUUUAUUAACAAAAAUAUUAAUCGGUGAUUUUUUUCAUAAAAAUUGGAAUACAUAAUCUUCAUGCAGAAUUAAGUCAAAUGUCAUUUUAAGAUUUUAAAAGACGGCUCCAUGUUCUCUUGAAAUUAUUUUAAAAUAUGACACGAAAUAUGCUUCUUUAUCCGAUAAGUCUCGAAGUUUGACGUCGCAAAAAAUACAGUAUAAUAUUUUACAAAAUUAAACCAAUUCCAAGAAUUAAGUAAAAAUAUUAUUGAAAUUAAAACAUAUGUCGCUCUUAUACGUUUAUAUUAUAGAAAUGUAAACGAAUUCGAUAUUUUAUUGUGUUUUUUACUUCAUGCAACACAUUUCCUUAUUAUUCCAUCAACAUAAAUUACCAACGACGAAGACAGAAUUGACAUAAUAAGUUAUCCAACUGCUGCAAUGAACAUGUUGACCAUUCCUAUGUUUGCUGUCCUGUUUUGUUGUGCUGCAUUCACUACUGGUACCCUAGCAAAGGACUGCAUAGGAGACCAAUGUCCGCAAAUCAUAUCUGUUGGGCUAAUGAAUGGUUUGAAAGCCACGUUGAAAGCUGACCUCGAUGUUUCCAAACUUAAUAACGUUUUGUUUAAGUAUAUACAGACAGAAGUGACAAAAGCUGUUAAGUCGGAAGUUGACAAAUUACAAGGAGAAAAGUGUAUGAAGGGCAGUACAUUUGUAAGAUGGGGGCGGACUUCAUGCGAUGGUACAAAGUCGUCAUUGGUUUAUACAGGAUUUAUGGCUGGUCCUACUAAUUCCGCAAGAGGAAGUGGAUCUAAUUAUUUAUGUUUGUCCAGUAAUCCUCAAACGAAAUCGUUCCCUGUAGAAUGGAAUCAGAGACCUGGACAUCUUUAUGGAAUAGGCUGGGAACUAACAGGUAUUGACAGAAGCAGAAGUUCAAACCACGUGGAUGACAAGGAUGUCCCGUGUGCUGUGUGUCUGACAAAAGGUAAAACAUCAUUGAUGAUUCCUGGCAGAACGUCGUGCUAUGCAGGUUGGACCCACGAUUACACGGGGUUUCUCGUAUCUGUGAGAACACAAAAUGGCUUUGCAUCAACAGAAUAUGUCUGCGCAGAUGCCGAUCCGGAAUCUCACGGAUCAACAAACUAUAAUCAGGGCAUGAUCAGUUUUGUAGAAGUAAGAUGUGGAAGCAUCCCGUGUUCUAAGUAUGGAAACAAAACGAAACUGAGCUGCGUUGUGUGUAGUAAAUAGAAAUGCAGUUGAAUGAACAAUAUUUGUUUAUAAUGUUUUCUCUUGAAUUUGUUCAUCAGUAUA